AUGGCUCGGGGCUUUCUCAACGCGGCCAAGUCCGCAUCGAAUGUCAUAGCCGUUCAUAAGAAAUACACUGUUCAGUCCGUCGGGGUAUGGGAACGGCUCCGCCGUAUCUUUUCCAUCGAACCCAACCGCUCGACUGGUGUGCCGUUGAACUCUCAGUUUCGACUGCCAACUCCUGGCGCUCUGCCUCCGCUUACCUAUGAUGAUCCUGUUACUGUUCCGGCCGGUGAUAUUGCCGACAAUCCAUACUGGAAGCGCGACGUUCGGAGGAGCUACCCCCGGCUCAGCACCGUGAACCAGGCCGAUGCCGUCGGUCUUCUCAGCGUCGGUAGCCAAGCGGCACCCAAGGAUGAUGUUUUGCAAGUCGGCGAGGCCGGGGAGAAGCAGCUAGUCUCGGUCAAGCAGCAGGGGGAGGAACGCGGUCUGGCCGGCCUCUUUGAGAAAGACGGCAAGGGCAUUAAAAACGUCCUAGGAGUCAACGGGUUGCCGCCAAUGCCUUGUAAUUUGAAUUCCUCGGCUUCGAAAUACCAGCUGGGCGAUGACCACGGCUACCCUGAUGUCUACCCCUGUCGCACAUUUGUUUAA